UUAGGGAUAAAAUUGUAAAAAAAAAAAAAAGGAAAAAAAAAAUGGGAAUUUUGACAUUGCCCACAUUGGUCAGGUUAAGGGCAUCAGUACCAGCAGCAACAUUGGUGCCAUUCCAUUCGACGGAGAGAGAAAAACUAAUACGAAAAUCGCUGUAUCUCCGGAAACCCGGUCUACAAACAACACAACUUGUGAGGUAUUACAGUUCAUCCAUCACCACUACACGGAGGAGGAUGAGUGCCGAUGCAACCGCAGAUUCAUCGGAUGUAGGAGAGAGAGUGGAGGCAGCAGAAGUGGCGGCGCCGGAAGAUGUGGUGGUGCAAUACGUGGUGUUAAGGAGAGACCUGAUUGACACGUGGCCUCUUGGGAGUGUGGUUACUCAAGGUUGCCAUGCCUCUGUUGCUGCUAUUUGGGAACACAAAGACGACGCUUUCACCCUCCGCUACUGCUCCCCUUCCGCUCUUGAUUCAAUGCACAAGGUUACACUGGAAGUUAAAGGAGAGACUCAAAUUGUUAAUCUUUCAGAAAAACUUAAGUCAGCUGGGAUUUUACACAAACUAUGGAUUGAGCAGCCUGAGAAUUCUCCUACAUGCUUAGCCACUAAGCCAUAUCCUAAAUCAGUCGUAUCGCCUAUUUUUAGAAAGCUUAAACUUUGUAAGUGAUUCUUGUUCAAUUUCUGCCAAUUUCGCCUUUUGCUUGUUCAUCUGGCAUAUGGCUAUUGUUUUAUUUCCAAAGAUUUUAUUGAUGUUUAGUCAUUGUGCCUAGUGAUAUGGAAUGGUCAAUCUCAAGUGUUAGCUUGCAAACAAUUGCUUGGCAAAUUACAUAAUCACAUUUCUCGGCGUUUCACAAA